GGUAUAGGGAAAUGGAAGACGGCGAUGCGGCGGAGAAAUCAAUGGAGAUUGGUAAAGGUUACGCGAGUAGUUGCACACACUUUCUCUGCUGCUCUACGGCUGUUCUUCCUUCCUGUACGCAUUCAAGCCUAGCCUUCUGUGUCUUCUUCUAUCCUUUACUUCUUCACCACAAGUGUCAACUCCUAUUCUUGAGUGAAGAAGAGAAGGGAAAUGAUUCAACAAUGUUAUUCUCCCAGAACUCCAAUCUCUCCUUUUUUCAGCAAUAAAGCUCUUUGCAGUUCAUCUUCUUCAUUGUCUUGUGUAAGACCUAGAGCUAUAUGUAGAGGAGUGGGCAUCAGCUGUGAGUCUAUGGAGGAGAAGAAGCCCAAAGCAAAUCCAUAUCCUGGCAGAAUGGGUCCAUAUACGGGAAGAGAUCCUGAUGUCAAGAAGCCGGGAUGGCUGAGGCAGAAGGCUCCUCAAGGGGAGAAAUAUCGGGAGGUGAAGGAGACACUAUCUGGUCUCAAGCUACAUACUGUGUGUGAGGAGGCACAGUGCCCCAACAUUGGUGAGUGCUGGAAUGGAGGCGGAGACGGCAUUGCCACUGCCACAAUCAUGGUCCUUGGAGACACCUGCACCCGCGGCUGCAGAUUCUGCGCCGUUAAGACCAGCCGCAACCCAGCUCCUCCCGAUCCCUUGGAGCCCUUACACACUGCCCAAGCUGUUGCCAGCUGGGGUGUGGACUAUAUUGUUUUAACCAGUGUUGAUCGUGAUGAUUUACCUGACGGCGGGAGUGGUCACUUUGCUGAAACUGUCAGGACCUUGAAGAUACUUAAGCCAGACAUUAUGGUUGAGUGCUUGACUUCUGAUUUUCGAGGGGACCUGGAUUCUGUAUCAACUCUAGUUCACUCUGGAUUAGAUGUUUUUGCCCACAACAUUGAGACUGUGAAACGACUUCAACGUAUUGUUAGAGAUCCUAGGGCUGGGUAUGAACAGAGCCUAUCUGUCCUUAAACAUGGAAAGCUCUUUAAGGAAGGAAUGGUAACAAAAACUUCUAUCAUGCUGGGACUGGGUGAAACUGAUGAUGAGAUAAAGGAAACCAUGGCAGAUUUACGGGCAAUAGAUGUUGACAUUAUGACAUUUGGACAGUAUUUACAGCCAACUCCAUUACAUCUCACUGUCAAAGAGUUUGUUACUCCUGAAAAGUUUGCGUUUUGGAAAGAGUAUGGGGAGUCGAUUGGGUUCCGAUAUGUUGCCAGUGGGCCUCUGGUUCGGUCGUCCUAUCGGGCUGGAGAACUGUAUGUUCAGAAUCUGGUGAAAGAACGGACCAAGCAAACAUCUGCAGAGUUAAAAUAUAGCUUUUAGCAACACAAAUUCAAGAUAUAGCUUCAAUUUUGAUGUCAUUGUUUUGCCAUGUUCACAUUCUUAGAUUUGAUUUUUCAUUGCAAGAGUAAACAGAUUAUGAAUUCAAUGGUCCCUUCAUACAUACAAAACCAAACUAGGGUUGAAGAUGAGCACAAUUUUUUAACUUUCA